AUGAGGGAGGGUCUCUGGCGUGAAGAGGAGUGUGGGCACCCCCAGUGCCGGAGACUCGCGGAGGAAGAAGAGAAGAUGGCGGCUGCUUCCAAUGAGGGCAUUCUGAUCGGAGAUAAGUUGUAUUCCGGGGUGCUCAUCUCUCUGGAGAACUGCCUCAUCUCCGAGGAAAAAUGCGCCCUCACUCCCUCAGCGAUGGACGGCCUGGAUAGGGACACCGAGACCGACCUGCGCAGUGUGGGUUGCGAGCUCAUGCAGUCAGCCGGCAUUCUCCUCAAGCUUCCUCAGGUGGCAAUGGCUACAGGACAAGUAUUAUUUCAGCGCUUCUUCUACAGUAAAUCCUAUGUGAAGCAUUCUAUGGAGCAUGUUUCAAUGGCCUGUCUCCACUUGGCAUCCAAAAUUGAGGAGGCACCAAGGCGCAUCAGGGAUGUGAUUAAUGUAUUUCACAGACUUCGACAGUUAAGAGAGAAGCAGAAACCGUCACCAAUGGUGUUGGAUCAGGACUAUGUGAACUUGAAGAACCAAAUCAUUAAAGCUGAGAGACGGAUCCUAAAGGAAUUGGGUUUUUGUGUCCAUGUGAAGCACCCCCACAAAAUUAUUAUGAUGUAUCUUCAAGUAUUGGAGUGUGAGCGCAAUAAGCAUCUUGUCCAGACAUCAUGGAACUAUAUGAAUGACAGCCUUCGCACAGAUGUAUUUGUAAGAUUCCACCCGGAGACUAUUGCUUGCGCUUGUAUCUAUCUGGCUGCAAGAACACUAGAGAUUGGUCUCCCAAAUCGCCCGCACUGGUUCCUUCUGUUUGGUGCUACUGAAGAAGACAUUCAGGAGAUUUGUGUUCAGAUUUUAAAGCUUUAUACCCGCAAAAAGGCUGACAUGACUGUUUUGGAAAGCAAAGUGGAUAAACGAAAGCUGCAGCUCGAGGAAGCAAAAGCCAAGGCAAAAGGAUUGCUCCCUGAUGGAACUCCAAGGCUGGACAAUGGUCCAGAAUUCUCUCCAAACAUAAAAACUGAGUCUCCUAAGGACGGGAAAAUGAACAAGUCUUCACCGAUGACCAUGCAUGCACUGAAAAAUGCCAAAAGGAAAGUAGAUGGAACAAAAAAGUCUUCAUCGGCAAGUCCGGUUAAUGGCGUUGUUAAAGGAAGGCACAGCAGAAGCGGAAGCAGAGAGAAGAGCUAUUCCCGGUCCCACUCUCGAUCUGGGUCUCCAAAAAAGAGGAAAAGCGAAAGUUACUCUACAUCAAGCGGGUCAAAAUCCCGUAGUCAUUCCCGAAGUCGUAGCGAUUCCCCUCCACGAAAACAAAAUUAUGGCUCUCACAAAAGUUCUAAAGGACAAGUGUAUGGAAAGAGUUCCGACUACAAAUACAGCGGACAGAAGAGAAGAUCUCGUAGCAGAAGCUCCUCUCCUUCUUACAGCCGAUCGCGUGAAAGUCCAGACGCUCGGAAAUACAAGAAGAAAAGCCACUACUACCGCGAGCGCAGGAGGGAACGUUCCCGAUCCUAUGACAGGGUGAGCCACCGAAACUAUGACCGGCAGGGGGAACGGAACCAAGACUACAGCAAGGAGAUGUCAACACUGUGGUACACAUGUGAUUUAAAGAACUUGGCUUGUGAUUUUAACCCUUCAGGGCCAGUUCACUCCAGUCACAGUAAACAGGCCGGAUCGCAUUCCAGCCAGCUCACUUUGUCGUGA